AUGAGCAGCCAGCGCGUUCCCAUCGAGCCCCAGCGCGUCGAUGCGCCGCUCACUCAAUCAGCGACAUUCCUUGUGGUAUCAGUUACCAGCAAUCCGGACGCCAUUCAAACAGUGCGCUCGACACUAGCUGGACUGGACAGUCUCGCGAAGAACGUCUCUAUCCGCGACCUCGGUGCUCAGUUCGCCUGCACUGUCGGCAUCGGAAGCGACAUCUGGGACAGUCUCACCGGUCUUCCCCGACCUGCAGAGCUUCACUCUUUCCGUGAAGUCAAAGGUGCUAAACAUACUGCGGUCUCGACACCAGGAGAUCUUCUCUUCCACAUCCGCUCCGAGCGCCGGGAUCUAUGUUUCGAGUUCGAGCGCCAACUGAUGGACCUCCUCGGCGACGCAGUCACCGUCGUUGACGCGACCGUUGGAUUCCGCUACUUCGACGUGCGCGAUCUACUCGGUUUUGUUGAUGGCACCGCCAACCCCGUUGGGCCAGCGGUGCCCUCGUCAGUCCUCGUUGCCGAGGAAGACGCGUCCGCGUCAGGUGGCAGUUACAUUGUGGUACAGAAAUACACACACGACCUGCAUGCAUGGAAGACCCUGCCAGUCGAGCAGCAAGAGAAGAUUAUUGGUCGCACGAAGCUGGAGAACGUCGAACUUGAUGACGCCGAGUCCGGGCAGCGCUCUCAUAAAACCCUCAACACGAUUGAGGACGAGGCCGGCAACGAACAUGACAUUCUGCGCGAUAAUAUGCCGUUCGGCUCACCUGGCUCUGCUGAGUUUGGGACUUACUUUAUUGGGUAUACGCGCCGCUUGUGGGUUAUUGAGAAGAUGCUAGAACGCAUGUUUGUUGGAGAUCCGCCGGGACUGCAUGAUCGCUUGCUGGACUUUUCGAAACCAUUGACUGGGACAACAUUCUUUGCGCCGUCUGCAAGCUUGUUAGCUAGCCUUGAAUCUGAUUGA